UCACGCGACGAAUAAUCUGGCGAGAUCUUGCGAAGCUUGCGACCCGGCCAGAAGCACCAAAUACGUCCACUACUACAGCGGUCACGGAGAGUCGUAUUCAGAGAGCGCCGCUUUCGAGAGUUCUCGACGUUGCACCUACGAUGUUGGACCGCGGCCUGUUAUCGGCCCGCCGUGCACUGAGGCCAUCAGUCGCGGGGCGUACGCUCACACAGUGGGCACCCUUCAACCGCAUGGUCAAGGACGAUCCUGAGUGGGCGAGCAGGAGCGUGUACCUUCGUACGGUGCUGGACCGGCUGCGCGACCAUGAGCUGUCCCGACAAUGGCGCAGGGAUGAUAGGGGAGUAUUACGCUGAAGCUUUCGACACUCUGUCUCUGCUACAGCCGCGCAAGAAGAAGGCUACGCUCAGUGAAAUUGAGCGCGUGCUGCCUCAGGCUAACUCUCCUGCCUGGAAUGUCAUCCGCAACAUCGUUGCGAAAGAGGAAGAUGCCUACCUCGAGCAGAGGUCGGAGGAGGAGGUCGCUGGCGUGCUGUUUCGCCGCAUAUACACCGUUGGGAGGGCGACCGCUGCUCGACUAGCGAAGAACGGGCUACGCACUCUGGAAGACUUCGUAGCGCGGCCACGGGUCACGGCGAGCCAGAAGCUGUCUAUUGAGCAUCUCUCGGACAUGGACAUCAUGAUUCCGAGGAAGGAGAUGGACUCGUUCAAGGCGCGCCUUGAAGAUGUGUUUCGUCCCAAUCCAGACGCAAUCCAGGAUGCCACCUUUGAACUCGUGGGAUCGUAUCGCUGCGGGCAGGAGUACUCCCCCAACAUCAAAGCGCUUGUGUACAGCGACGCGUAUACGGACUUCAACAGCGCAACGAGCAUUCUGGACGAGGUGUACCGUCGAGUAAUGGUCAAUGGGCUCAUUGAGAAUGGCCAAAUGCUCUCUAUCGCAAGCCGCUCGGAUCGGCGACACAUUAUCGGUUUCACACGAGCCAACGCGCGCAGCCCCUGGCGAAUGUUGAGUCUGAAGCUGGUGCCCCGCGACCAACUGCCAUUAACGCUGGUCCAAGAGACGGGUGACGGGUUCUUGUGGCGUGUGCUGCGCAGCCAGGCGAAACGAAAGUACGUUGCGGGCCAUUGGUGGUUGCAACUCCAAGGCUGAUCACAGUGGAUACCGCUUCUACCGCAACAAUGUGGAGUGGAUCCGCCGGACGCCCCGUGCAGAGGAGGGAGGCGUGAAUCGUUCUCGCCCUCCGCAACCGAAGACAGAGAAGGAGGUGUUUGACCUG